AUGUCAUUUAACAAUCCAGAGAUUGUUGACUCACAUUAUAGCCAAGCCUAUCCGUAGAUCGGUACUUAAUUUUUAUACCUUUUAGAUGAGUAAUUAAGCGAUGAGUAUUCACUCAUCUAUAUUCCCCGUACCAGUACCCAUCAUACCAUAGGCAAAUAAUAGAAGAGUGUUAUUAUUACAAAGGAAAGCCAAUAUGAUGCUCAAUUUGACUCUCCAAUAGCCUGGCAAGAUAUUACUAAUUCUCUAUAUCCUACUUUUUUUGAAGCUCCAGAGUCGAAUUUCCAUCCUAUAUCGAUACUCUGCGAAUUCUAAUAAUAGAAACAGGAGACGACAAAUUCAUCCGAUGAAUAACAACGUGAGUCGAUACUCUGCGAUUCCUGUAAAUCGGAACCUCAUUGCUUAUCCUGUUAGAAGAAAUCCAUUUCUAUCUAAUAGAUUUAGAAGAAAAUCAUGAAGCAUAAAGUUGAGAAGAAAAAUGUUGUCUUUUCUAUCAGGAAGAACUUCCCAAAGCUUCUAGGAACACACUUACUAAAUUAAAUUGAAUAGUUUCCAAGCAGUAAUAUUCCUGAAGGUAUUCAGUAAUUUAGGGAUAAUGCUGUAGUAAGGAAGCAAGCUAAGCUUCAAUAAUCAUUUGCUAUUGAAGACUUUAGGAGAAUUUGUCUAAAUUCUGAGGAGAGUAAGGAAUAUUUUAUAGACUUCAUCUUAAAUAAAUUUAUUGUUCGUCUAAUGCAUAGUUCUAAAUUUACUUAGAUUGACCUUGUUUUAGAUUUAAUCCGUAAUGCCUAUGUUGGAGCAUGCAAUCCCUAGUAGUGGAAAGGAAACAUGUAGAUUGAUCAAGCAUGA